UUGUGAUUCACACGAAGCCGCCCCACUAUACAGUAUUAAUUCCGCACGAUCGAAACCCACGCAAGCAAACCACACGACCAACCCUAACUAUGGCUGAUGAGCAAAAGCUACCCGAGAGGCCUGCCGAAGGCGCUGAAGGAUCAGCCGAAGGAGGCGAAAAAUUGUCCAAAAAAGCACUGAAAAAACUCGAGAAGGAAAGAGAAAAGGCUGCUAAGAAGGCUGAACAAGAGAAGGCCGCAGCAGAAAAAAAAGCACAAGAGGAUGCGAACGAUGUCUCCAAAGGCAAAUAUGGCGAUACUCCUCUGGUAGGCUCUGGCGACUAUAAGCCGCUAUCCCAGAAGCGCUUCAAACUGCACGAAGUGGCUGGCGUUGACAACGGCACUGAAGUCCUGGUUCGUUGCAAAGUGGACAAUGCUAGAAGUCAAAGUGCAAAACUUGGCUUCCUUUUGCUAUCGCACGGUCCUGACUCAAUACAAGCUGUUGUAGCAGCUUCAGAGACCAUUAGCAGGCAAAUGGUUAAAUUCGCUGCCAACAUCCCACCUGAAUCUAUUGUCGACGUCGUUGGUCUUGCUAAAGAUGUUCCGGAGCCGAUCAAGAGCGCAUCGAUCAGCAACAAGGAGCUUCACAUCGUGCAGAUAUGGGUUAUCUCAAGAGCCAUAUCUAAAUUACCUAUCCAGGUAGCAGACGCUGACACAAGGCUACCCAGUGAGGACAAGAGUGCAGAACAAGAGGAGGGCGGACGAGCGCUUGUUGGACUGAACACGCGACUUGACAAUCGCGUUCUUGACUUACGGAGUCCUCUAAACCGUGCCAUCUUCAAAGUUCGCAACGGAGUGAAGAAAGCUUUCACGCAAUUUCUCACUGAGCGCGGCUUCAUUGACAUCGAUACGCCCAAGCUGCUUGGCUCACCAUCAGAAGGAGGAGCUAAUGUCUUCGUUGUGGAAUACUACAAGGGCAAGGGCUAUCUCGCACAGAGCCCUCAAUUCUACAAAGAAAUGGCGAUUUCAGCUGGUUUUGAACGUGUCUUCGAGAUCAGCGACGUCUUCCGGGCCGAAGAUAGCAACACAUCCCGCCACUUGUCUGAGUAUACAUCUAUGGACCUGGAAAUGGAAUUCACCGACGAUUAUAUGGAAGUGGUUCACUUGAUUCGCGACCUAAUGCACUACAUCCUAGCAACCCUUGCAAAGAACUUCUCGCGAGAGAUCGAAUAUGUGCGAGGUAAAUACCCGUCUGAGCCCUUCAAACUGCCAGAAAAGAGCGAGGACAUACCGAUCAUCGAGUUCGAACAAGGGUGCAAGUGGCUCAACGAGGCCGGCAUCGAGGUAGAUGACAGCGACGAUGUCAAUUCGCAGCAGGAGAAGGCGUUAGGAAACAUUGUCCGAGAGAAAUUCGGGACGGACGUCUACAUUCUGAACGGCUAUCCCCACAAAGCUCGCGCCUUCUACACCAUGCCUCGAAACGCUGACCUGGGCUCAAAGUAUAGCAACAGCUUUGAUUUCAUGAUGCGCGGACAAGAAGUACUCUCCGGUGCUCAACGUAUUCAUGACCAUGUCCUGUUGUCAAAGAAGAUGCGAAGUUGGCAGCCUCCACUUGAUCCUGAAAGUGCAGGCUUCAAAGAUUACGUGGAUGCAUUUAAGUACGGAUGUCCACCGCACGCGGGAGGCGCGUUUGGUUUGGAGAGAGUGGUGUCAAACUAUUUGGCACUACAGAACGUGCGACAGGCAUCGCUCUUCCCACGCGAUCCGAGCAGAUUAACGCCAUGAGCAUGUUUGAUAGAGGAAGAUUCGGUGGUAGACUCAUACACCUCCAUGAACGCGGUGAUUUGGGUUAGAGCUAGACGUAGUUUCGACAGUUCGACUUGUAUCCGAUGUGCUUGUUCCAAACGUAAUGGUGAAUCUUAGUCGCAUACAGUCUGCACAUUCAACUGCAUCAAUUGAAGCCAACUUAACUGGUGAUGAACGACUUGGCGUCACGUGCAAGGCUGAAGAUGAAGUGGGACCGACUUAUCUCAGCAGGCUCAGACGCUUCGCUGGGGCGUUUUUGUGGCUGACGCUAAACUAUUUUGAACUUCUGCUAAGUCCUCUAAAUUCCUGGACCAAUCACAGCGCGCUAAACCCUAAAACCCUGUUACGAGGUAACAUGGUGAUCACGUGAAGGGAGAGCGAUCAUGUUGAUCAUUCAUGAUCGAGGUGAUCAGUCUGCAUAAGCGAAAGGUUGUGAUUCGCUCAGAAGGAUUGAACGAAUCAGGAAUGCAGUUAGUGAUCAGUCUGAUCAUUCAUGAUCAGAAUGAUCGCUGAGAAUCAGG